CUGAGGUCUCAUUCAGAGGCUGUCUUUGCUCUCGCUGUCAGAUCUUUGCCUAAUCUGUUGUUCUGGUGCUAUUGGCAGGCCGCAAGAUUGGAGGCCGGCAGAUGAGGGGUCUUCUGUAUGCCCCGCCAAACAGCACCCGCUAUACAGAACCGUCAUUGCGACUCUCUCUUGUCUUCCUCACUUUGCCUUCAAAUCACAUCUCAAUUAGUAUUACCAUCGAUUAGGAACACUUUACCAACUUCCAGGCAUCAUGGCGAGACCCGAGUACCAGCCCGUUUCUCGAAACCAUGUCGACCAAAUUCCUCUCGUCGAGCCGGGCGCUUCAGCCGGUGACGAUGCGUCCGACUCCGACCUUGAAAACGACAUUGCAAUCAGCGAAAGCGAAUUGAAGCACGACCAUAUUCCCAGACGAACCCUCAUUCGUGUCCUGGCAGCUAAUGGGGUUAUCCAAAUACCAAUCUGGGGCUUUGCAAUUAGUUACGGCGUAUUGGAAGAAUAUUAUUUCAACAACUGGACACUCCAGGGAAACAAAGAUAUUACAGGUGCUAUUGGAACGACCGCCAAUGGCAUCAUGUACCUCUCUAUGCCCUUCCUUUUCGCGCUCUUCACAAGACGAUGGGCGUACCGGCGUCAAGAGGCUGCUUUCUGCGGUGCCCUCAUAGCUUCCAUCAGCUUCUUCCUGUCAACAUUCAGCACAAAUGUUUGGCAUCUGCUUGUUACGCAGGGUAUCACCUCGGCGUUUGGUUGCGCCCUUAUAUACAGCCCCAUCACCCUCUCCUUGGGUGAAUGGUACACCACCAGCAACCGAUCCGUAGCAUACGGACUGGUCUUGUCAUGCAAGAAUAUCGUUGGCACCCUUGGCCCGUUCUUGUUCAAAGCUUCACUGGAUACGUGGGGCUUCCGGACAACUAUGACUGCCUGGGCGGUGUUUGUUGGCGCAGCGAGCAUCCUCAGUAUUAGCCUUGUUCCCAUUCCACCAUCGAGAAUUGCCAUGCACAAGACACCGGAAAGAAACAUCCCUUGGGACUUUCUCAAGCAGCCCGCCAUAUACUUCUAUAGCAUUGCUGUCUUCUUCCAGGGCACCGGUUAUGGCCUGCCCCAGACCUACCUGGGCACAUAUGCCCAAGACUUUAGUCUUUUAUCGGAGACAAUGGCAACCGUUGUCUUGGCUCUGCAGAACGCCGUUGGUAUCCUUGCAUCUGCCUUUUUCGGGUGGCUCAGUGAUAACAAGCAAAUUGUCCUGUCGGCGCAAACAGUAUCAGCAAUUCCGUGCAUCACAAGUGGAUUGGCUGUGUUCCUCUUCUGGGGAAAUACUACGCAGGGAGGGGUCUUUCUCCUUGUUCUCUUCUCAAUCACGUUUGGCUUCUUCUCAAGUGGCUACAGUGCUACUUGGGGAGGAAUCCUCAAGCAGAUGGAGAAUGACUCCGCGGAGAGGGGAGAUUCCAUUGACGCUGGGCUGAUAUACGGUCUAAUCAACGGUGUAAGAGGCAUCGGGUAUCUUGUUGGAGGUGCAGCGAGUGUUUGGCUGAUCAACGCCGGCACAAUUUCUGACUGCCAACACUUUGGGUAUGGGAGCACCUAUGGGCCUCUAAUUCUCUUUACGGGGCUUGUAUCUCUCGCUGGAGGCUGGGUUGUCAUCUGGAGUUGGUGGCCUGACUCGUGGACCUGUGGACGACGUAGUUAGGACUUGGCGGUGUGCUCUGAAUAGGCGUCACACGUGGAAGAAUUUUAGACAAGCAAGAAUGGAUAGG